AUGUAUAGCGUAUUCUGUAAACAACAACCUCAAAGAUUAGAAUUAGGAUUCAACGAACAGUGGGAGUCAUUGAAAUCGCUUCUCGCAUCUCAUUCUCAAUUCUUUCCCAAAGAUCAAAAGACCUUGAGCACGCCUGGAUGUAUAUCUUCGAUCACCAGGAUGCCUCCUGACAAGAUCUCAGUUCGGCCUUUCUCUACAUCUGCAAGUGGCCCCUCCCGACUACCUUACAACCCUUCAGGCAGGACAUCUUGGAACAUUACCGUUGAUGAUGAAGGUCAUCUUGAUUCUCCCACUGCCAAUCCCGGCUCAAAGAAUCUCUCCAAGUCGACACGUAGAGGGAGAUCAGUAUCAUUUCAACCAGUUGAUGUGCCCUCUUCGAUCAGAAACUCAACGAGACAUCGCAGGAAGACCUCUGCUGAAUCUCAUUUAUCAUUACGACUGACAUCCCCUAUCCAAACGCCCACGAAAUCAAUGACCAAUGGGAAAGGUAAAGGCAAAGUGGUCUUGCGGAGAUCUUUGACCGGGGAAAAUGCUUUGGGGAUGACUAUCAACGAUAGAGCAAAUAUAUUGGCAGACGUAGCUGGAGAUUGUCUUGUGAUCCUUGUAAAAUCGGCAUUGAGAGCGGAAAGUGCAAAUAGAAGGAGGAGUUCAGUAAAUGAUGAGGUGAAGAAAGCCUGGGAAGGGCUAUAUGGAAUUCGCCAAUCAUACCUCUUUCCUCCAUGGUCACCUCCUUUCCCAUCUUACACUGAUAUCCUACGGUCGCUCCAUUCUCAGAUCCGAGAUACCCUCAAUGCCCAAGCUUUGACUAGAGCGAUCGAUUUGUCGAACCUCGCAACGUUCGUUUGGACCUUGUCUAGACCCGACGAAGCUUGCCAAUCCUUUCCAUCGCUGGAUCUUGACAUAGAUGAUGAGGAUGAAGAUGCACCUCGACGGAAUACAAGGACUAAGGGGGACGGAAAACAUGAUUCAGAGCUUAUCAAAGGGGUCAGAAUGAGGAAUGCGUUGCUCCUGAUAGCUUGGAAGAAGUUUUGGUUGAUCGUUGUUCCUGCAGAGAAAAGGACAAGUGACAUAGCAUUGAGAUUGUGGUUGGAUUUCGCUACUCAGAUCGCUCUGCUAUAUCAACAGCCUUCCGUGGAAGAUCCUGAUUUAUUGCGUGCUAUCCUUCCCACCUCUCCGAAUACUCUGUUAGCAGAGCUCUUCUCACCUUCUGCCGUAGGGAGAUUCGGACAGUGGAGUAUUUCAGAAGAUUUCGAUAGUCAGGAGUACAGUGAGGAGAAAGCAGAUGCAGAAGAGAGGUGGAGAAUUAUCGCUCAGAAGAGGAUUGAUGAGCUCGCAGAAACAGAUCACGCCGUUCUACGUCGAAAAUACCCUUUCAGCGAGUUCAGGAAAGAGAUAAUAGCUCAUAUCCAGCAUGAGAUUCUGGCCAGUCCGAUAACUGCAUUGCUCACUCCAGGGCGAAGACAGCUUCUCAUCGGUCAUUCUCAUGUUUAUGAACCACCUCUUCUGGAAUACAAUGAAGGUAGUUCGUCCGAGGCUGAAAGGGAUGAUACGGAAAUUGCAAACUGGUCUGAGGACACUGACGAGGAAGAAGGUGAAGAAGGAUCCGAAGACACCGAUCGAGUCGCAAUGGGAGAUGACAUACCGAUAGAUAUGGACAUCUUUGAAUUCGCUGCCGCGGAGUUGGAAGCUGAAGAAAAGGCUCAGCAAGAGAGAGAAGAUCACGAUCACAAUUCGCACGAUCACACUGCACCAGAGACCCAUGCCAAAGAUAUGGAUGAGGUAGAUUCGCAGAUCCCUGUUUUGGCAGAAGGCGUCUUUCUACGAUCCAGUUCCCAUGAGACGAUAGAUGAUGAAGAUUCAGAUGACGAUGGUGAUUGGGCGGUGAAAGAUGUCGACUUCGCAAUACCGAACAACGGUCAGAUAGGAUCAGGCGGACAGAGGCAGAAUGGACCAAGAUUUGAUUGGACGAAAAGGCAGGAAGAUGCUGUUCAAGUGACGUGGGAAAGUCAAUCAGUCGAUGGCCACGAAUCUCCUUCUUCUAGCAGUCUCCGCCAAACGCCCGUCGAUGCUAGAUUACUUGUUGAUCAUGUUGUAUCUCCUAUAACGCACGACACUCCGGCUUACCAUGCCAUCUCUCCUUCUAACGCGAUGCGUUUGGUCACCUCUCCAACUCCCCUGCGAGCGGAAAGAAUGUCUGUUGCAUCACCUUCACGCUCUUCCCGUCAGACACCUAAAGCCAUCAAUUUCGAACAGUCUAUUAGCCUCACCUCGCCUUUAUAUGUCGAGGAGUCAGAGGAAGAUGAACCUGUUGAAGACGAAGAGAAUGCGAUACUGGAUCAUGACAACAACGAAGAUAUCCUACCCUCAGCCUCUCAGCUCAACUUUGUUGGUCUUGCAGACGGCGAAGCAAGUCCACCUUCCGUUGACGGUCAUGACGAAGAUGAUGAGUUUGCCGAUUUGCUGCCUACUGAGUCGCAAUUCGCUGUAGGCCACACAAGCACCGGUACCAGCAGUCCUCAUUACAAUCGCAACGUCGAGAUUGUCAAUCACGUAGACAAUGAUAGGGAUAUUUCAGAGCCUGAUCAGGCAGGAAACGAAGAGACUGGACUCGCCCAACCAGGUUUUCAUGGCUCAUAUAUCUCUCCCCGGCCACGAAGAACUCAGGAUGCUCAUUCGUUUGCCCCAAUGGAUCCGGACGAGAGUCUUGAAGAUCGACGACUUCUCUUCCAGCCAUCUUCAUCCUUCAGAUCGAUGUCCCGAUCUCGAGAACCUACCAUCAAAACAGAACAUGAAGAGGAUAUGCUUGGUCUCCAUGGUUUCAUAAAUCUUCUACAUCCAGGUGGAGUACGUCGACAACGAGGUUCAAGUGCACGGUAUAUAAGGGACGAGGACGAUCCGUUUCUUCAUGACGAAGAUGGAUCACCCCUUGAACCUGAUGAGUUGUGCAUAUCACCUGUCGAGGGAUAUUCCAACAAGAGAUCCACAUUGUUUGGUAAAACUUCAACUUCCUCGUCGAUUUAUUGCCGAUUGACGGGGAAGCGAAAGUGGACCUUGGAAGAGGAAUUACUGUUAUACAGAACAGUACAGAAAGUACCUAUACAAGAAGAAUACCCUUUAAGGAUGGUAUGGGACCUUUAUGGAGAGUUUGGAAGAUUCGGUAAACAACUGCGAUGGUACAAUACGCAACAUAUGAAAGAUAAAUUACGAACUACAGUGAAAAGAAGACAGAACGAAGGUAGAAGAGUGGAAGGUCGGGUUAGAGCAUGGGCUGCGAGAGGUACGAGGGAAAGAGAGGAGUACGAGGAGGAAUUGGAAGAGUACAAGAGGUAUGAACAGGAAGAAGAUGAGGACGAGGAAGAAGAGGACAAUGAAGAUAUCGGAACAGAGGAUGAAGCCGAGGGAUUGCAAGGUAACAAUGCGAAUGAUCAGGAUGAACAUGAAGCAAUUGAUGCAGACGACGGGGAGGAAGGUGGCCAACCUAAUGGCAGAGCUGUGAAUGGACAUAGAGCGGUAAAACCUGUUCGAUAUGUGGAAAUCGAUGUGGAUGAUGAUGAUUUUCCAGCAGCAGUCGAACUUGACGUUGAUGCGAAUGUUAAUGAUGUCCAUGUACGUACGAACGAUGAUGAUUUCCCGGGACCUGCCAAUCUUUUACCUGACGGACAAGUGGAUGAACCUCAAACAGUGGAUGAGAUUGACGAUUUUCCUGCAGCUGAAAGCCUGGACAUCGAUCAUGAUCAUGCAUUUGAUGGGAAUCAUAUGACCCUGGAUACUCGGAAUGACAAAGGUGAUGAUGACGAUUUCCCGCAACCUGAAUUACCUCAAGCUGUUGAGCCAGAUGGCGAUCUUCCGGAAGCUUCUAGCCUCAACGAUGAUGAUGGCAGGAGUGGACUUCAGGGGAGUUUAGAUGCUCCGGACACGAACAAAGAGGAUGGUGAUUUCCCUCAACCUGCGAUACUUCCGGGAACCUCUCGGGAUAAGUCAGACAACCACAUAGACGAUGAUUUUCCUCCAGCUACCGAACUUCCCUUGACUUCAACAGCUGUCGAGAUUAUACAGCUUGCCGGCACGUCUGAUCGACAGGUAUCCGAUGUCCACCCGAAUACAAAUCGUUAUCCAUCCCGAGGCAGAAAACGGACAUCUACCGACAUCGAGGAUGAGGCCGAAGCGAAUAAACCCGAUAAGAAUAAAGAGCAAGACGGAGGACAAAAUAGGAAACGACCGAAAACUGUCAUACCUGCUGUUGUGACCUCGGUCAAAGUCCUCCCUGAAACAUCUGGUCAUAAGAGGCGUUCAAAGGAGACUAGCCAAUCUCGACCUUCUCGACCGUCGAUCGAAUACGGUAAGAAUCGAGCUGCGAGGAAAGUGCCCGAGAUGGCAUUAGUACCAACCGCAAGGAAGACUACUUCAAACCCCGCUCAGACAGCUCGAAAAUCCACGAACAAUUACACAACUUUGAGGGGUACGAGGCAGGGCAAACGGUCUGUUCAAACGGCUAGAAAGACGACUAAUGGAAAUAACAGAGUCAUUGAUGAGGAGGAUCAAGAUACGGAUGAUAAUGAAGAUGUCGUUGGUGCAAAUGGCUUGGCGGUGAACGGUCACCAGGAAAAUGUAAAUGGCGAUGACGAUCUCCCCGAACCCGAGGAUAAUCAGAUGCUCCAGAUUGGAGAACUGGGAGUUAACAAUAGCAAUAGGCUUAGGGACGGUGAUAAAGAAACUACGCUGGACAAACAUGAGCAGCAUAAAGAAUUGGAAGAAAGGAGAAGGCGAGUAGAGCGGGUCGUAUUAGGGAAAACCAAACGUGUUUGA